GGAGCCUGUCGCAAUGGCAGAUUCCCAGGAUGUCCACGUCCGGAUCUGUCAUCAGGAAAUCGUGAAAUAUGAUCUGGAGAUCAAAGCGCUGAUCCAGGAUAUCAGAGAAUGUCCUGGUCCUCUAAGCACCCUGAAUGAUCUCAAUGCUCAAGUCAAGGAGAAAUUACACCUGCUGAGGUUGAGAAUACAGGAUUUUGAACAAUUGGCUAAGGAGCAGGAUAAGGAAUCUGACAAGCAAGCAUUGCUGAAGGAGAUGGAGUGUCACAAAAAACAGAUGUUAAGCAACCAGACUGUGUGGCGAAAGGCGAACCUUUCAUGCAAGCAAGCGAUCGAUAAUGCAGAGAAGGAUGAACUGCUUCAAGGAGGCGACCCUACAAGGCAGAGAAAAGUAGCAAAGGAAAACCUGGCACAGUCAACAAGCAGCAUCACAGAGAGUCUGAUGGGAAUCAGUCGAAUGAUGUCACAGCAAGUCCGGCAGAGUGAAGUAUCCAUGCAGACAAUAGCCACAUCAUCACGGACCAUUCAGGAAGCCAAUGAGGAGUUCAAAUCCAUGUCAGGGACUAUACAACUUGGACGAAAACUCAUCACUAAGUACAACCGGCGUGAACUCACUGAUAAGUUGCUCAUUUUUUUGGCCUUAGCCUUAUUCUUAGCAACUGUACUGUACAUUUUGAAAAAAAGGCUAUUUCUGUUCUAGUUGCUGCGUGUGGGUUUCUUACUGCAGAGGAUUUGGAUUCCCAUCUUGUGAGGACCCCUGUUUUAAAGAUUGCAAGCAACUUACUGAACUAUAAAGAUUAAUCUGGAGCUAGUAUCUAAGACUGCAUCAGCUCUUCUCUGUUCAAAAUGGUGCACAAAGUUAAAUUAUAUCUAGGUUAAUAAGAGGGUCAGCCAUUGGGGAAUUUUGGGAGUUAUAAAUCAACAAUAGCAGAAGUAACAAAAGAUGGACAUUUCCGGUUUAAACUUUGAUCGUGGACCUGACUUUUGUGUUCCAUUUUAUGUAAAUUGCCUUGGCGUGUGGAUUUUAUGAUAGUUUGAUGUAAUCCAUCAGUAAAACAAAUGAUCACUGUAUUUGUAGAUCUUUGCUUAUAGGUUACAGCAUUAGCAAUUCAGCCUGGGGCUUAACCCACCCAAUCUCAUUCUACACUUUUCCCUGUCGCCUAUUGGGACUGGCAUUUAUAGGCUUGCACCUGCCUCAUCCUGUGAUGUCAGAGAUGAGCGGGUCAAACAUGAGUAUAUAAAUGGUACCAUAUAUCCCCAAACAUAGAGCACAGCAGAUGAAGGAAAAAACCUUUUAGGUCCAGUGUUCUGUUAAGCACCCCACUCCAGAUGCAAAAAUUCAGAAAAAGAGGAUGGAAGACAAAGACCAAAGCAGAACUAACUGCUAGUGAGUUUUAUUGCCACAACAUGUUUGAGCAACACACUCUUUAUCAAGUGUAAUAUAAACAGUGUACAAUGAAGCAUUUAAGGAACAAAACAGGAAAUAGAAUUCAGAGUAACCCCUCCCACCAAUUAAGCUAUAGUGGUUUAAAUAGAGAAAUGAGCUGCAGGAAGUUGUGGUUUCUCACAUCUAAAAAGGCAACUCUUUUGUUUGCCCAUAUUGUUAGUUUCUAACAAAUGACUGUGGUUUAUUCAGCUAAAGAUGCAACUGAAGCACAACAUAACUGUAGGAAGUAGUACGGCCAUUAUGAAAAUGAAAUAUUUGUAUGGUUUAUGUCACAAGUCAAUUUAACUGACAACUGAUGUCAAACUUUUGGCCAUGGAAUCCCCCUUCACCUGAAAGCCAGAAGAUGGGAGUUUCCGGUAGCAGGAGGGCUGCACAGUUAAUGGCAAUAACAUAUAAUAUGUACAUGUCAGUGCACACCAUUAAUGCCAUUGGGUUGUGUGGAGGGAGCCAUGUGGGGGCUCAGGCUGUUACCAACCGUCCCUCGUACUGAAGGCAAGGGUACAGAGAUCAGGCUUCCUGCCGACCAACUCUCUCAUGGAAUUCUCAGUUUCCUUUCAUUCUCAUGAUAUUUUACGUGAGUACCGUUUAACCAAUGUCAUGUUAGCUGGCAGGAGGACAGGAAUAGUUUUUUGUCUUUAAUAAAUUAUAUUUAUGA